AUGUCAUUCCAACCUCCCAACGAUGUCCCGUCGUUCACCGGUACUCAACGGGCGUACGAAGACACAUAUUGGCGGCCGAAAAACAGUGGUAAUGGACAGGCAAGAGGAGGAACGCCGGGCGCCAUCACAUCCAAGAUCAACGACAUCUUCGGCGAGACCAAAGGCCUUCCGAUGUACAAGGAUAAGCCGCAUUUCCCGUCAAGUCGGCGCAAAGGCAGGGGUCUGCUGGGGCGGAAGCGAGUGCUGGUUUUGAUCGGCUCUGCGUCGUUACUCUUGCUUUGGUGGAUGGGCUGGUUACCUGGGAGCAGUAGACAAUACUAUGACCCGGCGGACCAUCUCCAUCCCUUCUUCCAUGACGAGGACUGGACGGAGCAAAGGGAGGCGGUGAAAGAGGUGUUCAAGACAUCAUGGGAGGGCUACGAGAAAUAUGCCUGGGGCAUGGACGAGUACAAUCCCUUGUCCCGCAGGGGAAAGAAUAUGGUCGAGGGCGGAAUGGGAUGGAUCAUUGUCGACGCAUUGGAUACUGCCAUGAUGAUGAACCUGACCUCGCACGUGGCGCAGGCAAGAGAAUGGAUCUCUACCUCGCUCUCUUAUACAGCGGACCACGAAGUCAAUACUUUUGAAACCACCAUCCGCAUGCUCGGCGGCCUGCUCUCCGCCUACUAUAUGUCAACCACGUUCCCACACCUCGCGCCGCAACGUGACGAUGACGCCAACCAACCGGGCGAAGAUCUCUACAUCGAGAAGGCCACUGACCUUGCCGACCGCCUCAUGGGCGCCUAUGAAUCGCCCUCAGGCAUACCCUAUGCGUCUGUGAACCUCAAUACCUCCCUGGGCAUGGCUUCGCAUCUCGACGCAGGCGCAUCUUCCACCGCCGAGGCUGCGACUCUGCAGCUUGAGAUGAAGUACCUCGCCAAGAUCACAGGCGAGCCGAUCUACUGGCAAAAAGCGGAGCACGUUAUCAAGGUCAUCGAGUCCCAAAAGCGCGAAGAUGGUCUGUUACCAAUAUACAUAUAUCCCUCGACUGGCGAGUUUCGGGGCAACAAUAUACGGCUAGGAUCUCGAGGCGACAGCUAUUACGAAUAUUUGAUCAAACAAUACCUCCAAACUGGUGGCGUGGAGACCGUGUAUCUGGAGAUGUGGGAAGAGGCACUCCAAGGCAUCAAGAAACACCUGAUCACCUAUUCCAAGCAGGCAUCACUGACAAUCCUUGCAGAAAGGCAAAACGGCCUUUAUGCUCCCCUGACAGCCAAAAUGGACCAUCUCGUGUGCUUCAUGCCAGGAACGAUCGCGUUGGCCGUGACGGGUGGACAAACAGUCGAGCAAGCCAAAGCCAGACUCGGAAACCAAUGGACAGCCAAACAAGAUGAAGAUCUCAAACUCGCCGAAGAAUUGAUGAAAACAUGUUGGGGCAUGUACAAAGUUACGCCGACUGGUCUUGCGCCUGAGAUCGCCUAUUUCCACGUGGACAAUCCUGCUCCGCAGUGGCAAGCGCACGUCGAUCCAAACUGGUCGCCACCACAGUCUGCGGAUCUUACAGACGAUCCUGAUGCUCCAUGGCGCUCCGACUAUGAUAUUCAUACGAACGACGUGCACAACCUCCAACGACCCGAGACGGUCGAGUCGCUCUUCUACAUGUAUCGCAUCACCAAGGAUAGGAAAUACCGGCAAUGGGGAUGGGAAAUGUUUGAAGCGUUCCGCGAACACACAAAAGUGGUUGAUGAGGUCGAAGGGAAAGUGUAUGCAUACACUUCGAUCGACACCGUCAUGGAGAAUCCAGUCAAGGAACGAAGACGGAGGGACAACAUGGAGAGUUUCUGGUUGGCCGAGACGCUCAAGUAUUUCUACCUUUUGUUCUCAGACGACGACUUCUUCCCGCUCGAUACGGUUGUAUUCAAUACCGAGGCUCACCCACUGCCCAAGUUUGAUAUCUCGGGGAGUAAGGUCUUUCUGACGGGGUGGCAAAGAAGUAAAGAGCCGCCUGCGGACUCAGAUGUCCAGCCCAAGGAUGUGAAGGUGGGAAGUGGCGUGCGCGUCGACGAGAAUGGCAUGAACAUCGUCCUCGACCUAGGAGAAGGGGAGAAGAAGAUCGUCCCUUUCGACCCCGAACAACAGGAACCUUCAGGAGCAGAAAGUUCGGAGCCACAGAUACCUACAAACAGUCAAUUCGAGAGAAAGGACAAGUGA